GGCAAUGAACUUGACCGGUGUUUGUGUGUUUACAUUGAUCCCACAUUGACAGCGUACUCUACAGUUUUAGAAAGACUCUUUAUCUAUUGCUUUAUCUCACAUGUAUUUGUAUAGGGACUAUUCCCACACACAACAGCAUUUAUUUAUAUACUGAGCCGGUUUGCAAUAAUAGAAUUUAAAAAAGCACAAAAUACAAACAAUUAUACAAUAAUAUACCAUCACAUGACAAGCGACAAAUCAUUCAUGACCAUAUAAGAACUGACAUACCUAUUUAUCUGUUUGAACCUAAAAUGAUCCUGGUCAUGACUCAGUUUGACUUCUGUGGGUGAAGAGUUUCACAGGUUGAUUCCCCGAAUAGAAAAAUGCCAAUUUCAAAAAAUUUCAAAAUUUGUAGUGGCGAAAUCUCAUAAAAAUUUUAACGUCUGUGCAGUAGAAAUGAAGUUUGUUUUACAGAACAGCAGAAUGAAGAAAUUCUGUAUAAUAGCAUAAAGUUCAGUCACUAAUGACCGACCGUUAUAUUAAAUCAAAUUAGAUAACUGCUGCACUCUAGUGGUAGUGUCAGGAAAUUGCAAAAACAAAUAUACAGCACGGCUCCAGAUGGUUCAGCAUUUGACUUUUCAUUAUCUGGCCAUCUUGUACCUUUCACCUAUUUGUAAAAUAAGGUGUCACAUUUUACAGAUUUAUAGGAAUACAUCUAGAUUCAACCCUCUUUUUUUUUUACUUUGACUUCAGCAAUAUUCACGUGGAGGUCAAAGGUCGUGUGUGUGUCAUGACCCCACGGGAGCAGCUGAGGAAGAUGACAGCGAUGGGAGAGCAGGGGGCUUUGGAUGAGAAGCACUGGUACCGGCUGGUCAAUGGCAUCUCAGCUGGAGAGCUGAGGCAGAGGCAGGAGCUCAUCAUGAGGAACCAGAUGGCAAUGGCUCCACAGAUUCUCGCCCAGGGGCAGCAGAGGUUGCAAGGAGUCCCAGCACAGUUCGAAUCUCACUUCAUGGAGAGGGAGUUGGUUCCUCCCAAUGAGAUGGUCGCCUCUGAGGCCCGACAGAUGCACAUGGGGCCCCACCUGGGUCCACCUAUGAACCCACAUGCCAAUGUCAUGCCUGGGAGAGGUUUCCCUGGAGCAGCCGGCUACGGCUUCUUGCCCACAGAGCCGAUGGAAUCAGUUGCCCGGCGACAAGAACUCAUUCACAAGCAAAACAUCGCCAGAAUGGAGAUGAAUGCCAUCCUGCAUCAGAAGGAGCUGGAAAAUGCCCACCAGAAGGGACUGAUGGGAAUGGAUAACCCCAUGUCUUACCCUUCCAACCCCAUGGCCUUUAGAGGCCGUCAGCGCAUGCCAGACGGCCACGACGUCUUCGUCCACCGUCCCACCCUGGACGAGCUUCACUCCAACAGCAUACUCAUGUCGGCCAGCCCUUACCCACCGAUCAGCACGCUGCACAGAGAGAGGGGACGCCGGGCCGGCAGAAGGCCGACCGCUCACAAGAGUGCAGAGAGCCACGUGGCCCACCUGAAGGGCCAAGCUGAAGAUAAAAGUGUAGAGCAGAGCCCAGGAGCCACAUCGGGGGAGGAGAAAGAGGUGGAGGCAAAGAUGGACAUGGGAGAGGAGUGUGCCGCCAGUAAAACACAUCAUCAGGCAAAAAUAGACUCUGAACUUGCUACAGGCAGCAGGAAGAACUACAAAGAAGGGGAGGCCGCCCUGCGUAAAGCCUGUGCGAACAGUCAAGACAGUUGCUCCGAUGUGGCCAACAGAGGCGCAAAUGACAAAGACAUAUCCAGCCAGUGUUCAGCAUUCCAGGAGAAAUUCAUGUAUCCCUCUGCAGGUGGAGCUCUCACGGGGAUGCCUUACAUGUUCCCAGUCCCUGGAAAUGGGUUCCUUCCACCUGGUCCACGGAACCUUUUUCUUAACGGUGACGAGGUGUCUGAGGACAUACGAAAGUGGACGGUGAAUGAUGUUUACAACUUUAUCAACGGUAUACCCACAUGUUCAGAAUACGCUCAGACGUUCAAGGACCACAUGAUUGAUGGGGAGACACUUCCCCUCCUCUCAGAAGAGCAUCUACUGGACACACUGGGGCUCAAGCUGGGGCCGGCUCUGAAGAUCCGCUCACAGGUGUCCAAGCGCCUGGGCAGCAUGUUGUACAUGAUGAACCUGCCGUUGUCCACGGCUACCAUGCACGCCACUCCCGAGAAGCCCGGGGACCGCUCCUCAGAGAUCGGCUCCCCCGUUAACUGCAACAGUGAGGAGAUGGUAGCGAGUCCAAGAGACCCCGAUGUCCUCAAAUCCACAGAGCACCUUCAGGAGACAGAAAACAAUUCCCCUCCAUCUGCCAGCAGCGAGACAGUCUGAUUGGCACUGAUA